GAGUCACUGACGGGUUACUCGUGCUAAUCACUGCUUACCCCUCUGAACUAACUAAGGUACUGUUGCUCUAUCCAGUCAGCCGAAGCACAAUGAAGACUCGCACCCUCGCCGUCCUCUGCUCGGUCCUCGUCGCCGCUACGGCUCAUCAGGGCGCAAUCAGCGAUCCCGUGGCGUGGUACGACCCGGUCCGCAACGCAACCUGCACCAGCACCCCCGGCGACCGGCGCAUCGCUUGCCAGGCAGGGCAGGUCGAGGGCCUGUUGGUGCCCCCUGCUUCCAGCACUCCCCCCGUCGAUGCCGCUAGGGCGUCGCACGUGGAGACGACGAACGCUAUCGACACGCGUGGAACAAACACCCAGGACGACGGUGACGACGAUGACGGGCCCGGGAUGUGCACAGGUGAGGGACGCACAAAGAACCUAGGCUGCUUCCUCCACUGCUUUGCGCAGGGGUUCUGCACCGCACUGUGUGACGGGGAGAAGGGUGCUUGCUCGUGCAGCUGUCCGGAUGCUCCGGAGGGCGGUGUGCCGUGCUCGGGCUUGGAGGCACGCAAGGCAGUUGCUAGCCAUCUGAUAUUCUAAUUCAAUGGGGGGAGGAGAGGGGUGGUGUUGUUUGAAUUACGAUACGCUCGUGGUGCAUGGCGGAGGUGAAGACGCUCGUGGGGUUGGGAGGUGGCGGGGAAAGGGAGUGACGUUUGAAAGGAGGUCGAUAUAGUAUGCUCGUCAGGGC